AUGUUUGCACGCCACAUUUCUAAACCAUUGGCCAGAUCAAUUCGUACCUAUGCAACCGAGGUAGUUGUGCCACCACCAAGAACCAAGAAAGUUGGCGCAUUCAGAGGAGGAUUCAUUGGAUUCUUAUUGGGUGUCACAGUCACUGGAGGCGCUUCAUACUACUACUUGUUGGACCAAUACAAUGCUUCUAAUACUGUUGUUGCUGCCGAUGUAAUUGCAUUACAAGCUUCCAUUAGCAAUUUGGAGAGGCAUGUCAAGUCGCUUGAGCAAAAGAAGUAA